UUGCCAUCUAAUUCGCGCCUAACCAAAGUGCCCUUACGUUCUUUCAAAUUUUUCUGUCUCCAUUUUCUGAGACACGAAUGCUCCGUAAAUAUCUCUAAGCUCGGGUUGUUGUUGGGAAAGAUUACAAACGAUGUCGCCAAACGAUGAUGCCAGCAGCCCCGACUUUGCGCAUAGUCACGCAAAGAAAUCCCGAGCUUGCACCAAUUGCGCUCGCCUCAAGAUACGAUGUCGGUGGCAACCGGGUUCGGAACAUAGCGAACACGCCGAUUGCAUACGCUGCUCCCGCAUGAGUAUACGAUGCCAGGUACCGGAGCCGGUCCCGAGAAAGAAACGGGGAAAGUCAAGUCGUGUUACUGAGCUGGAGAAGAAGAUAGAUGGCCUAGUCAGCCUUUUCCAGACACAGCAGCAGACAGGAGAGACACAAGGGCAGCCGGCAACCGGGCCCAGCCCCAGCAGCGAGGACCCGCGCUUGAUGCCAUGUACUGGGUUGACUAUACCAGGCGUCACCCAUCAAGUAAGCACAGACGCAUCUCCAAGUGUCAACAGCUCAGCCGGCACCCAAGAUUGUCAUACUAUGCCGACUCCAGAGGCUGGGUUUCCCAGUGGUUCCUAUCAGCUCUUGCCGGGGUUCACCAUCGCUGCCGAGAAGGCUGAGGAGUACCUUUCCAUCUACCGGACGCGUAUGGUUCCCAACUUCCCAUUUGUGCCCAUCGAGCCUGAAGUUACAGCAAGGGACCUCCACAACCAAAAGCGUUUCCUGUUCUGGUGUAUUAUGCAAGCCAUCGUACCCCAGACCGCCACAGUACAAAAGGCAGUCGACGACUGGGUCCGCAAGCAUGCAGCUAUGCACAUCGUAGUUCAUAAGGAGAAGAAGAUUGAGCUGCUUCAAGGUUUGAUUGUCUAUGUCGCCUGGGGGGAUGUCCACCUACAGAUGGGUAUCAACGCAAACACCCUCCUCCAACUAGCCAUCGGCCUAGUUAUGGACAUGACCAUGUACACUCUAGCAGGCCCCGUGAGUUGGAUGCCGAAGACCUUGUUGAAUGAUGCGUGGGCCGUCUUGGGACGGGGCGGAAAACAGUUCGAGGCACCAAAACCAACUCUUGAAGAGCAAAGAGCGAUUCUAGGCGGCUACUUUAUUGCGUCGAGUGUGCCCGCCGCCAUAAGGAGGCACUCGCAGAUACAGUAUACGCCCCAGAUCGCACGAUGUUCCAAGGCCAUUCGCGAGGCGGACGCUAUACCGACAGAUCAGAAUCUACUUGCCCUCGUUCGUAUGCAACAUUUAGGGGACCGCAUUCGCGCUGUCUUUCCAAGCCCAGACAGAGAGGAAGGGGAGCCUCUACCCAUCUUUCGGGAACACUUUAGUGCGGUGUUAGCAUCACUUCGCAAAGAGAUCUGCGCUCUCGAGUCAGAAGAACCCGCCAUCAAGAAGGAGAACCCAAUGGUUUGGGCACACUACGGCGCAUUGAUGGUUAGACUAUACGAACCAUGCAUCGGCAUGCGAGGAGCCAGCCCUUCGGAGGCUAUGUCUGCCAUGGAACCGUUCAGUAGGACCGAGUCACUCUGGUUCUGCCUUCAGGCAAUUCAGAUCGCCAUGGACGCGCUACUCGCCAUCCCAGCUGAAGCAUUUGCAUAUCUACCCUUCAACACCGUUGCAGAUAUAGCACAUACGAUGAUGUCGUCGCACCGACUGCUUUUGGAGGACUCGGCAAAUGACUGGGACGUGAUGCUGGCGCGCCAGAAGCUCGACCUUCCUGAUAUAGCGCGGCGGCUGGCGGAUCGUUUCGAGGAGGCGGACAACGUGGCGCUGAUCGUUGGGCAAAAGAGGCGAAUCUUCGAGGACGAGAGCUCGCGCUGGGCGAAUUAUGCGUACCGGGCGAGGUGGAUCCGUCAGUGGUACCUGAACAAGGUCGUUGGGCAGCCGCCUCAGGAGCAGAUGGCGACGGAGCACCAGCAGCAGCAGGAGCAGCAACAGCAACAGCAGCAGCAAGCACAAAUGGUUCCUCACGUGGGGAUGAUGACAGACCCGAACAUGUCUUGGCUCGGGGGCGUAGCGAUGGACCAGUCGUUUUGGGAGAUUAUGAUGCUGGAUGGGCCUGGGCAAAUACCCAUUGACGCGUCCAUGCUUUUGCCAGACCAGGCCAUGUUGCCCGCCAUGCAGACUUCUUAGCAUCACACCUAUUGAUCGGCUAAGAGCCUCCACUUUCACAUUUCCG